CAGAGGAAGAGAGAACAGAGGACAGAGGAAGAUAGGUAGUUAAAGAAAGAAGUAAAGAAAGAAAGAUAUUAAAAGGAGAGAAAAGAGGGAAAGAUAUAUCGAAAGUGUGAGAGAGGCAACGGGGAGAGUUUUACACAAAGAAGAGACGGACAGAGAAGAAACCCAGAGAGAGAGAGAGCGAGAGAGAGAGAGAGAGAGAGGCUGUAGCUGGAAAAUGUAGAUAGACACCUUGGAGAGGAGAGAAGCACGCAGAGGGGCCAGCGCUCAAGUAGAGUAGAGAGGAGAUUGUACAGGAGGACGGGAGGAGAAAAGAGGGGAGGAGAGACCGGCAGAACCAGCAAGACGAGAGAGAGAGCAGCGUGUGGAGAGAAAGAGAGAGCGAGAGAGACGAAGGAGGGGGACACAGACCACUGUGAGAGGAGGGUGCCGGCUUUGCACGGUAACGGCUGCAGACACGACACACAGACAGAGAGACGGACUACAGAGCUCCACACACACACACUCACACAAACACACAUAAAGAGUGUGUGAGACAUGCCCAGGCUGCUGCCCAUGGACACACACACACACAACCUGGCAGGGCAUCCGAGAGGACAUACAGACCCCUAUGUCUAAGGAGUCAUGGAGAGCAGCAUGUUUUUCGGUAAUGCAUGUCAAAAUGGCCUCCUGCCGACGCUGAUACGUCCUGCUCUACCCACCAUCCAGCAGUCUCUGGGCAUGAAGCAGUUCCAUCUCCCGUUUCCCCUGGAUACGGCCUCAGCAGUCAGCCUCUUCCCCAGCUUCAGCAUGAUGGACCCAGUUCAGAAAGCUGUUAUGCAUCACACGUUUGGAGUUCAUCCCUUGACGAAAAGAAGACACGUCUCGUGCAGCGUGUGCCAACUGAGAUUCAACUCACAGAGCCAAGCCGUAGCCCACUACAAAGGAACAAAACAUGCCAAGAAGCUGAAAUCUCUGGAAGCUACCAAAUGUAAGCUCAAAGGUACAGUGGUCACCAAGGAAACCACCAACCAGGAAGUCCCUAAGAGCAUCAACCCUCCAGCAAUGUGCUACAGCACUGGCAGGAAAGAUGGCUUUCCAGGUGCAUCGCCACUCCCACUAUCUCCUGUGCUCACACUGGCUCCAACCCUGGGAUCCCUGACAUCAACCCUGGCACCCAUGACAUCAAUGUUACCACCCCUGGUACCUACGCUGGCAUCGAGUCCCAAUUCAUCCACAGGGACAGAGACUACCUCAGCUACAGGAUGGGAUGACAGGGCCUCGCCCAAAUCCAGCUCACCUUUAGAACCAGACAUGGAGGUGGAGCAAGAGGCUGAGACAGACCCGGAGACAGAGGAAGAGAAAGCCAGGCGUCUGCUCUACUGCUCGCUCUGCAAGAUGGCCGUCAACUCGGCAUCCCAACUGGAGGCUCAUAACAGCGGUACGAAGCACAAGACCAUGCUAGAGGCCAGGAGUGGUGUGGGCUCCAUCAAGUCCUUCCCCCGGCCAGGGGUCAAGAGUAAGCUAGCUCCGCCCACCAAGGCAGCCACGGGCCUGCAGAACAAAACAUUUCACUGUGAGAUCUGCGAUGUGCACGUCAACUCCGAGACACAGCUAAAACAGCACAUCAGCAGCAGACGUCACAAAGACCGAGCGGCGGGCAAACCGGCCAAACCCAAAUACAGUCCCUACAGUAAACCCCCGAAAGUCCAGGCCACACAACCAGUGAAGCUGACAGUGGGGAAGGAGUUGUGCCAACCUCAGAUCACCCAGAUAAUGCCCGCUCACCUGGCAGCAUUGGCAUCAGCAGCAGCAGCCAUGGGCUCGGCCUUCCCCGGCCUCCGCUCCACCCAUGCUCCCUCCCAUGGCCCCACCCUUUUUCCGACACAGACCCUCCCUGCUGCCCUGCUCCGCCCCGCCCCCGGGCCUGUCAGGACCUCCCAUACACAGUUACUGUUUGCCCCCUACUGACUCACAACCCCACCAUAUAGACUCUAUGGACUUCCCAUGACGGCCGUGCCACAGAAGUUGUUAUGAACCAGAGUCCUCUUCCCUCUGCUUAUCCCUUUAUACAUUUGGACCAUAGGCCACCUUCACCAGAAUAUGGGGAUAAUAGGCACACAGGAAUUGUUUAACCCAUACUGCCAGAUAAACCCUACUGGGCUGGCCAGACCUCCCGUUAUGGAUUUCCAAAGGAACCCAUCAAUGGCCUAGAAUUGAUCAGUGUCCCCCUUCCCUCUGCUGUUCCCCCUACAUUCAGAGAAGAACCACACCGGAACGAAUAAUGGCUAAAAUAAAUAGAUGGGCGCGGUGUGUUAGCGAUCACCUGCUGGGUGUGAACGAUCCAACAUGUAGAAUCUUGGGGAAAUAACCUCAAAUAAUAGCAGAUAUUCUGGUCAGUGGCGAUAGGACGGCCACCCACGGCUUUUAACCAACCGUUUGUCGCCCUGGUGUGUUUCCUCUGAAGACUACGAUCUUCACCAAAACAUAUGGACUCCAGACAACCUGAAGCAUUACAUCUGGACUACUGCCCACUCUAUUCCAUUUGGGUUACUACUGCUCUACAGUAUUAACCCUGCAUUUCCCGUUCCACUUGACUACAGGCCAGUCUCUUCAUUACUGUAGAACCACCCUGUCGAAUCUACUCGUUCAUCUUCACAGAGUCAUUGACUCAUCACAAUUCCCUCCUAUAGUAGCUAGUACUUAGUCGUACCCACACAGACACCCCUUCUAGUAUUACAAGGCUACUUAGCCCCAAACGUUCCUGUGCCAUUCUCUUGUCCUUGAAUCAUACCCAAGAACAGGACUCGGAGUUAUAUUGUACUGCAAUAAUGUAUAAGACAAACCAGUGAACUAUGCAGUGUCAUUUCUGUCUAAUGCGAGGCACAGUUUGAGCUAUAAAUGUGUUAUAGGGAUAUCAUAUUUGCAGAGAUAGUGUCGCACUAAGAUCAUUGCUUCAGUGGAGGUAGUUAUCACUCACGGCUGAUACGGAUCUCCUCUUUUGCUGUAUGCACUUUAAGUCCCCCCUCUGUUGACGUCUGCAGUGCAUUAGCUGGCUAGAGUAUGUGUUGUAGUUCCUCUUGCAUUACGUGUAUGUGUCUGUUGGUGUGUAAGUGUUUGUUUCUUUGUGUGUGUGCGUAUGUGUGUGGGUGUGUGUAUAUGGGUGUUUGUGUGUGACCUUGCCCUCCACCUUAAAGCCAUCCCAGCUGACACCCAAUAACCAUUCUGAAUGACCACGUCAUGGUUUAAAGGGACCACUAAUGCUUGUGUAUAAUAUCUGUUAAUGUGUAAAAGAUGAACAAUUUCAAAUAAAAGAGUCUUACUUUGUUAA